AUGACAGGAUCAGUUGAAACUAGCACUGAUGUAACCUCAACCGAACCAACUAAUGUGACUGCACUUUAUGAGUCAACAUCAAAAGUAACAUCUUCUGAAUCUAUCUCAGACGUAACCACUAUGGAACCUACAGUGAUACCAUCAUCAUCAUAUGAAACUAGCUCUGAUGUGACCUCAACCCAACAUACUGAUAAGACUACGUCCUAUCACUCAAUAUCUGAGGUGUCAGACACAGAACCUACAGCAAUGACAACAUCAAUAGAAACUGGCACUGGUGUGACCUCAACCAAACAUACUGAUAUGACUACACCCUAUCGCUCAAUAUCUGAAGUGUCAAACACGGAACCUACAACAAUGACAGCAUCAAUUGAAACUAGCACUGGUGUGACCUCAACCAAACAUACUGAUAUGACUAUACCCUAUAUGUCAACAUCGGAGGUUGCCUCUACGGAAUUGGACUCUGAAGUUACCACUGUAGAAGUCACCACAAUGGCAGGAUCAGUUGAAACUAGCACUGAUGUAACCUCAACCGAACCAACUAAUGUGACUGCACUUUAUGAGUCAACAUCGAAAGUUUCAUCUUCUGAAUCUAUCUCAGACGUAACUACUGUUGAACAUACAGUGAUACCAUCAUCAUCAUCAUUAUCUGAAACUAGCUUUGAUAUGACCUCAACCCCACAUACUGAUACUACUACAACCUAUCGCUCAAUAUCUGAAGUUACCACUGUAGAAGCCACCACAAUGACAGG